AUGACUCUGAGUCAUCAAGCAUCGACCAUGAUACAGGAACAAGAGAAGAUGAAGCUAGACCCAAAGCCUGGGUUUGUGAUCAAAACCAAAAUACUAGAAUCUAAAGAUGCUUCGAAGAUCUCAACAAAAGUUUUCAUCAAUGUAUGUCAUGAUUCUCGGGUGCCGAAGCCAUCGGUUGAUUUCGAGCCGGAAGUAGUGUUUCCCAAAAUUAUAGAAAACCAGUGGGAGAUACCCAUAGUUGUAUCCACAGCCAAGGAGUCAAAAGAUAAAAAGGGCUUUCCGUCUUUGGUGUAUGACUGCUGCAUCAAUGACGAUUGUUUUCGAUGGUGCCAGAUCAGCAAGGAUUUGAGACUAAUUUUGAUUGAGUGGUGUAUUGAAUCGAUCGAAUUAAUCACUACGGUGACUUUAGAAAGGGAUUACAGCAUCCCCAAGAUGUUAUCGAAGGGCGAUUUGACCCAAACUGAGUUGACCGCGGAAGAGUUGAGCGACUUAGGGUUCAAGAAGUUGCACGACUUGAAGCAAGAUGAGACCUUAGGUUUGGUUGAAGAGCUCAAGUUGGAUGGUGAGGAAGAACCAGAUAAGAAACUACCUAGUCUAUUCAAUAUAGGCGGGGAAGGAACUUCGAAAAAGCCAUUAAUUGAAGAACUUUGA